AUGUAUCUAGACCUCAAGGACUCCUGGAACUCAGAGGAAGGUGGGAUGGCAGCCCUUCUGACAGUUCAGGUGGACACACUCUUCCUCACAUCAUCCCUCUGGUUUCCAGUUGUCUCACCUGUGUGCACACCCCCAUGUACAUGCAGCAAAGGACAUGGGGUUGCGAUGGUUGUUCUGCAUGGCAAUCUACCCAUAAAGCUGCACAUCAGCCCCAUAAAUGCAGGGGUGACGUGGACACUGCCUUGUGCUUCCCAGGCAUGCGCAGGGCUAGAGCUCUGGUACGCUGCAGCUUUGGCAGCCAGGAGUGCCAUCUCUUCAGAGGAGCCCCUGAGAACGAUCUCCCUCUGCCUUUGA